GCUUUUGAUGGGUGAACAGCUAGGGUGCCUUGAGGAGGUUCUGACGAUUGUUUCCAUGCUUUCAGUACCGUCAGUUUUCUUUAGACCCAAGGACCGAGCAGAGGAGAGUGAUGCUGCACGCGAAAGAUUUUUUGUGCCAGAAUCUGAUCACUUAACCCUGUACAAUGUCUAUCAGCAAUGGAAACAGCAUGAUUACAGAGACAUAGUCAGAAAAGCAAUUUGCUCAGCAUACUUCCACAAUGCAGCAAGAUUAAAGGGUGUUGGAGAGUAUGUCAACUGCCGGACUGGGAUGCCGUGUCAUCUACACCCCAGUAGCGCACUCUAUGGCAUGGGUCACUGGUUCAACCGAUGAGUUACUGGUUGAACCGGUUGAUCCGGU